AUUAACAACUAGAGUACAGGGUUUUUAUUUAUCUUGCUUAUUAGCUUUCUGUGGCGCGUGAGGAGGCAUAUUCGCAGAAAGAAUCAGAUGGAGAAUGAGUCGUCGGCUGGCGAAGGAGGAGCUCCUUUUGAUCAGUUUAACUUCACUUUUGACGACGACGACGAUGAUGAUGAUCACUUUGUCACCAAUCACAACAUGCAAAUGCCUUCAAACCAGAAGAAUAAGGCUGCGGAACAUGUUGAUCUAGGAUCAUUAAGUAGUGGAAGCUCUCAGCCUAUGAAUCGGGCAAGGUCUAGGGAGAGCGUAACGGUGUCAGCCUUCACUCCUUUUAGCGGACUAUCAGAUCCUCUCCAUGAGCAACCUGCAAACUUGGCAUCAAUGGGGGCUUCAUCUUCAACUCCAUUAGUUGAGAUGCCGCAAAGCCACCGUCACAUAACAAUUGAAGAACUCAGUCACGCAUUGCAAAGUAAUGAGUCUCAACCAAAUCCGGAAAAGUCAGGCCCUUCAGUUUCCAACGUUCCGUCACAGGAAACGGCCAUUAAUCCUGAACUUGAAGGAGCAUCACAACCGCAUCCUCCAAGAAUGGAUAAUCUCGAGCCCGGAUCAUCAGCUGGAAAUAACUGGUUCAGUCUAAAUCAAGCAAAUUCCAACCAAAUUUUCAUGCCGGGAGCUGUAGGGUUUCCAAGCUAUCAGUACUCUAACCCUCCACUUAUGUUUGCUCAAAACGACAGGGAAACAAUACCGUUUUACUUCAAUUUGCCCAUGCCAAUACAGCCACAUCGUCCAAGACCGAUGCAUAUGGGAGUAACUAUCCGUGAUGGUGUGGUGGAGCCUCACCAUCCAGAACCAGAACCAAAUGUAGCAAUUCAGUCACAUCCCCAAAUGGAGCAAGUGCCUCUGUCUCUAACUUUGGGUCACAGUCAAUAUGGCAUAAACACAAUGAUGGCCGGGCUAGGAGUUGCAGAUCAAAGGCCAUCCCUGAGCAACCAGCAUCAAGCCACUUUGUACCCCCAGCAACUCAAUGAUCCUCCAAGGCCUUGGACCCCAUCAGGGUUCUGGACCCAAAAUAAUCAAGUUAUGCCAGCUAAUGGAGCGUGUAACCAACAAUGGACCAACUGCAUACCCUAUGGAGCUGUACAGACAGGGCCCCAAGGACCACAGCAAUUACUGAACCAGCCACAACAGCUGAACCAAGUGCAGCCACCAAAUACUUUUGGUUCACAACAAUGUCAUCACCCUAGGCGAUCUGCAGGGCUUUCUACACCUCUCGGGCCUCCUAAGCAUACCAAGAGCCAGAAUGUGCUGGCUCCCUGGAUCCUGGAGUCUUCGUUUGCUGCAAGGCUGGGGCAAGUAUCAGAUCAUCAGGAACAACCUAACCAAGAUUCAAGGGCAUCUAAUGUAGCUUAUCCACAGCAACACAACUCCAUAGUUAGUGGACCUAUCAUCGCAUCUGGGUUUGCUCCUGUCCAACUUUAUGACAUACUGAAUCAAUCUACUAUUCCAAGUGAUAGCAGUUCUCAGAGGAGUGUUCAAUUCCGAAACUCCCCAACUGAACAAGUAAGAGUCUUCCUCUCCUCACUCGAUGAUUUUCGAAACUUCAAAGCGGUAUAUAUAGCUAGAACUCUACAUUUGUAAAUUAGGGGUCUCUCUCCUAUCCACUUAAGAAUUCUUAGUCGCACAUUUUUGCUAUGCACAUUGGACAAAAAUCCUGUC